AUUUCUGUGGAGACCAAACAGUUUACCAGCAGUGUGCAGCAUAUUUAGUAUAAAAAGCAUUUCGUCGCCAAAACUGAAUAAACAGAGACUGUAGGCAUUCUAGAUUCACGUUUACGCUGCGAUCAAUCGAUUUUGUUUCGGAUUUUACUGUACUAGAAGAAGAGCUAGGGUUGUUUAAUUUCUUUGUCUUUGACAUUGUAAGAGAAACUGUAGACCCAACAUGAAGAUUUUCAGCGUGUUAUUUGUAUUAGUUGGAUUAAUGGACGCUUGUUUUGGUCGUUCUAUGAAGCCUGCGACGAUAAAGAAGAGAUAUCGUGAGGCCAAAUACGGUAAGAAAAGUUCGCGUGGCUGCCACGCGACCGCCUUGACUGACGGUUCGUCUUUUUCAGUCGCGUUCAUAACAUUCAUCAUGAGAUUUAGAUGAAGCGAGCAUUAUAUAGACUAUAUAAUAGUUGAAACUCUUAGGCCGGUUUUGUACGUUGGAUUUAAUUCUUCUGAAUCUUCAACGGAAUUUUGUUGAAGUGAAUUUCUGAAUACCCGUAGUUAGGUUGACGGAUGUGUAGGAUCAAUUCAGGAUACUGUAUCCUUGGUUUAUUAUCCAGGACAGCUUAAUUCCGCCAUGAAACGAGACUUUCCCAGUACGAGGACAAAAUUAAACGGAUUUUUUAAAGAGCGAGACAGAUGAACCGUUAUAGGAGGUCGAAAUUUCAAUUCAUCUGAAGAGAAUAAAACCUGGUUUCCAUAUGGUCGUAAUUAUAAUGGUCGUAACACGAUCGGCGAUCUUUCUCAACGGCCAGUUUAUAAUAGUUUAUACCCGUAAACCGCAUAUAAAUCAUAUAAGUAUUCUCUAGUAUAGUCAUUCCGCGCGUAGUUCAGUUCUAAAAUGUUGUAUUUUGGCUGAUGAGAAAGAUCGUGACUCAAUCUUUACGACCGUUACGACCAUAUGGAAACCGGCAGGCUUAAACAAUUAAACCAAGUCAUGAAAAACCAAAGACUUGUUUGCCUAUAGAGAAAGUGGGUUUUGUUUAGUCAAACGUCAGAUUUAGGCUUUGUUUACACUAUACGUCUAUACCGGAUAGAGUUUCCGUAGCGGCGCAAAAGAGCAACUACGAGGAGCAACUACAAGGACCUUGUGCUGCAUUUUUCGCAGUCGUUCCUGGUUAGGUCUUAAAAUGUAUAUAUUCUCACUUGGAUUACAAACCCUAACAUUCUAACAACUACCCAAUAUACGGAAUGUACAACUUUCAGAAGCUGAGCGAAACAACAUCUCUACGUUGCAAUAAUUCAUCUGAAAAUACCGUUCCUAAAAGGUACACGGAUAUGUGUUCUUUAAUGUCGCUACGGAAACUGCUAUCCUGUACAAGUGUAUAAAACGUUGCCUAAACCGGCUGUUUUAGUGAUUAAUUUAAGAACUAUAUUAUUGUAUAAUAUAUUGUAUCACCUUUUGCCUAUUAGCUUUCAAGCUUCGCGUGGUUUCCAAAGCGACUGAAGAAUGCUUCCGGGGUUCUUUCGUCACCACAACGGCAUCAACGACAAUGCCAUAUACAACGUCGACAAUUGUGUCCACAACCGACACAACUCGUGGAGUGCCGACGAUUCAAGUUUCUCGUUCCACCAUCGCGCAAGCAGAAACGACAAACCGCACAACAAGAAGAAUAAACCCGACAGAAAUAACAGGCGAGACAGACAUUUUAAAGGCGACGACAGUAUCUUCAACCGCGCAGGCAAAGUCAACGAACCAUCCAGCCACUCAAACAGGCCAGAAACUUAAUACCAUGUCAAGCACGGCCAACCCGAGCAAGCCAGCGAGUCCAACAGUACUUGAAAGCAAUCGUCUCGGCCCAGAAACACCGGAUAACAAUAAUCCGGCGAAUACAAGCGAAAGUAUGGAACCGUCGCGAAGAAAGCGCAGUUGUGAGAUGAUGAUUCAUCAUCAAUAUAUACUUAUCGGAAGAAAGCACAUAUAUAAAGGAUGCGACGAGAUUAACCAAAUGAAACGAGUGAAAGGAAUGGACAAGAAAUAUUUGAAAUCAACUAUCAGAUUACGUAUGUAG